CUCGCGGGUGCCUCUGGCGUCCCCAGAGGUCUCCGACCCCAGCCCGCCCCCAGCCCUCCCGCCCAGCCCGCAGCCCCCUCCCUCUGUUCCCUGAUCUCAGACCCUGGCCCUCGGACCUCGACAUCAUGGCUGACGCAGAAGGCGAGGACGACGUCCAGUUCCUGCGGACGGAUGAUGAGGUGGUCCUGCAGUGCAGCGCCACCGUGCUCAAGGAGCAGCUCAAGCUCUGCCUGGCCGCCGAGGGUUUCGGUAACCGCCUGUGCUUCCUGGAGCCCACCAGCAACGCCCAGAAUGUGCCCCCUGAUCUGGCCAUCUGUUGCUUCGUCCUGGAGCAGUCCCUGUCCGUGCGAGCCCUGCAGGAGAUGCUGGCCAACACGGUGGAGGCCGGCGUGGAGUCAUCCCAGGGCGGGGGACACAGGACGCUCCUGUACGGCCAUGCCAUCUUACUCCGGCACGCACACAGCCGCAUGUAUCUGAGCUGCCUCACCACCUCCCGCUCCAUGACUGACAAGCUGGCCUUCGAUGUGGGACUGCAGGAGGAUGCAAUAGGAGAGGCUUGCUGGUGGACCACGCACCCAGCCUCCAAGCAGAGGUCUGAAGGAGAAAAGGUCCGUGUUGGGGAUGACAUCAUCCUUGUCAGUGUCUCUUCUGAACGCUACCUGCACCUGUCGACUGCCAGCGGGGAGCUCCAGGUUGACGCUUCCUUCAUGCAGACGCUGUGGAACAUGAACCCCAUCUGCUCCCGCUGCGAAGAGGGCUUCGUGACAGGAGGUCACGUCCUCCGCCUCUUUCAUGGACAUAUGGAUGAGUGUCUGACCAUUUCCCCUGCUGACAGUGACGACCAGCGCAGACUUGUCUACUAUGAGGGGGGAGCUGUGUGCACCCACGCCCGCUCCCUCUGGAGGCUGGAGCCCCUGAGAAUCAGCUGGAGUGGGAGCCACCUACGCUGGGGCCAGCCACUCCGAGUCCGGCAUGUCACCACCGGGCGGUACCUGGCACUCUCCGAGGACCAGGGCCUGGUGGUGGUUGAUGCCAGCAAGGCCCAUACCAAGGCUACGUCCUUCUGCUUCCGCAUCUCCAAGGAGAAGCUGGAUGUGGCCCCCAAGCGGGAUGUGGAAGGCAUGGGCCCCCCUGAGAUCAAGUACGGGGAGUCACUGUGCUUUGUGCAGCAUGUGGCCUCAGGACUGUGGCUCACCUAUGCCGCUCCAGACCCCAAGGCCCUGAGGCUCGGCGUGCUCAAGAAGAAGGCCAUGCUGCACCAGGAAGGCCACAUGGACGACGCACUGUCACUGACCCGCUGCCAGCAGGAGGAGUCCCAGGCUGCCCGCAUGAUCCACAGCACCAAUGGCCUGUACAACCAGUUCAUCAAGAGCCUGGACAGCUUCAGCGGGAAGCCACGGGGCUCGGGGCCGCCGGCUGGCACGGCGCUGCCCAUCGAGGGCGUUAUCCUGAGCCUGCAGGACCUCAUCAUCUACUUCGAGCCGCCCUCCGAGGACUUGCAGCAUGAGGAGAAGCAGAGCAAGCUGCGAAGCCUGCGCAACCGCCAGAGUCUCUUCCAGGAGGAGGGGAUGCUCUCCCUGGUCCUGAAUUGCAUUGACCGCCUAAAUGUCUACACCACCGCUGCCCACUUUGCCGAGUUUGCAGGGGAGGAGGCAGCCGAGUCCUGGAAAGAGAUUGUGAAUCUUCUUUAUGAACUCCUGGCUUCUCUGAUCCGUGGCAAUCGUAGCAACUGUGCCCUCUUCUCCACAAACUUGGACUGGCUGGUCAGCAAGCUGGAUCGGCUGGAGGCCUCAUCUGGCAUCCUGGAGGUCCUGUACUGUGUCCUCAUUGAGAGUCCAGAGGUUCUGAACAUCAUCCAGGAGAAUCACAUCAAGUCCAUCAUCUCCCUCCUGGACAAGCAUGGGAGGAACCACAAGGUCCUGGACGUGCUGUGCUCCCUGUGUGUGUGUAAUGGUGUGGCUGUACGCUCCAACCAAGAUCUUAUUACUGAGAACUUGCUGCCUGGCCGUGAGCUUCUGCUGCAGACAAACCUCAUCAACUAUGUCACCAGCAUCCGGCCCAACAUCUUCGUGGGCCGAGCGGAGGGCACCACGCAGUACAGCAAAUGGUACUUUGAGGUGAUGGUGGACGAGGUGACUCCAUUUCUGACAGCUCAGGCCACCCACUUGCGGGUGGGCUGGGCCCUCACCGAGGGCUACAGCCCCUACCCUGGGGGCGGCGAGGGCUGGGGCGGCAACGGGGUCGGCGAUGACCUCUAUUCCUACGGCUUUGAUGGACUGCAUCUCUGGACAGGACACGUGGCACGCCCAGUGACUUCCCCAGGGCAGCACCUCCUGGCCCCUGAAGACGUAGUCAGCUGCUGUCUGGACCUCAGCGUGCCGUCCAUCUCCUUCCGCAUCAAUGGCUGCCCUGUGCAGGGCGUCUUUGAGUCCUUCAACCUGGACGGGCUUUUCUUCCCUGUUGUCAGCUUCUCGGCUGGUGUCAAGGUGCGGUUCCUCCUUGGUGGCCGCCAUGGCGAAUUCAAGUUCCUGCCCCCACCUGGCUAUGCCCCAUGCCAUGAGGCUGUGCUCCCUCGAGAGCGACUCCAUCUUGAACCCAUCAAGGAGUAUCGACGGGAGGGGCCCCGGGGGCCUCACCUGGUGGGCCCCAGUCGCUGCCUCUCACACACUGACUUUGUGCCCUGCCCUGUGGACACCGUUCAGAUCGUCCUGCCACCCCAUCUGGAGCGCAUUCGGGAGAAGCUGGCGGAGAACAUCCACGAGCUCUGGGCACUGACCCGCAUUGAGCAAGGCUGGACCUACGGCCCGGUUCGGGAUGACAACAAGAGGCUGCACCCGUGUCUUGUGGACUUCCACAGCCUUCCAGAGCCCGAGAGGAACUACAACCUGCAGAUGUCGGGGGAGACGCUCAAGACUCUGCUGGCUCUGGGCUGCCACGUGGGUAUGGCGGAUGAGAAGGCGGAGGACAACCUGAAGAAGACAAAACUCCCCAAGACGUAUAUGAUGAGCAAUGGGUACAAGCCGGCUCCGCUGGACCUGAGCCACGUGCGGCUGACGCCGGCGCAGACGACACUGGUGGACCGUCUGGCAGAAAAUGGGCACAACGUGUGGGCCCGAGACCGUGUGGGCCAGGGCUGGAGCUACAGUGCGGUGCAGGACAUCCCUGCGCGCCGAAACCCACGGCUCGUGCCCUACCGCCUCCUGGACGAGGCCACCAAGCGCAGCAACCGGGACAGCCUCUGCCAGGCCGUGCGCACCCUCCUAGGUUACGGCUACAACAUCGAGCCUCCUGACCAGGAGCCCAGUCAGGUGGAGAACCAGUCUCGUUGGGACCGGGUGCGCAUCUUCCGGGCAGAGAAAUCCUAUGCAGUGCAGAGCGGCCGCUGGUACUUCGAGUUUGAAGCAGUCACCACAGGCGAGAUGCGAGUGGGCUGGGCGAGGCCCGAGCUGAGGCCUGAUGUAGAGCUGGGAGCUGAUGAGCUGGCCUAUGUCUUCAAUGGGCACCGCGGCCAGCGCUGGCACUUGGGUAGUGAACCAUUUGGGCGCCCCUGGCAGCCGGGCGAUGUCGUUGGCUGUAUGAUCGACCUCACAGAGAACACCAUUAUCUUCACCCUCAAUGGCGAGGUCCUCAUGUCUGACUCGGGCUCCGAAACAGCCUUCCGGGAGAUUGAGAUUGGGGACGGCUUCCUGCCCGUCUGCAGCUUGGGACCUGGCCAGGUGGGUCACCUGAACCUGGGCCAGGACGUGAGCUCCCUGCGGUUCUUUGCCAUCUGUGGCCUCCAGGAAGGCUUCGAGCCAUUUGCCAUCAACAUGCAGCGCCCAGUCACCACCUGGUUCAGCAAAAGCCUGCCCCAGUUUGAGCCAGUGCCCCUUGAACACCCUCACUAUGAGGUAGCCCGAGUGGACGGCACUGUGGACACGCCCCCGUGUCUGCGUCUGACUCACCGCACCUGGGGCUCCCAGAACAGCCUGGUGGAGAUGCUCUUCCUGCGACUGAGCCUCCCAGUCCAGUUCCACCAGCACUUCCGCUGCACCGCAGGGGCCACCCCGCUGGCACCCCCCGGCCUGCAGCCCCCCGCCGAGGACGAGGCCCGGGCGGCGGAACCCGACCCUGACUACGAAAACCUGCGCCGCUCAGCUGGGGGCUGGGGCGAGGCCGAGAACGGCAAAGAAGGGACUGCGAAGGAGGGCGCCCCCGGGGGCACCCCGCAGGCGGGGGGAGAGGCACAGCCCGCCAGGGCUGAGAAUGAGAAGGACGCCACCACCGAGAAGAACAAGAAGAGAGGCUUCUUAUUCAAGGCCAAGAAGGUCGCCAUGAUGACCCAACCACCGGCCACCCCCACGCUGCCUCGGCUCCCUCACGAUGUGGUGCCUGCAGACAACCGCGAUGACCCUGAGAUCAUCCUCAACACCACCACGUACUAUUACUCCGUGAGGGUCUUUGCCGGACAGGAGCCCAGCUGCGUGUGGGUGGGCUGGGUCACUCCUGACUACCAUCAGCACGACAUGAGCUUCGACCUCAGCAAGGUCCGGGUUGUGACAGUGACCAUGGGGGAUGAACAAGGCAACAUCCACAGCAGCCUCAAGUGCAGCAAUUGCUACAUGGUGUGGGGUGGGGACUUUGUGAGUCCCGGGCAGCAGGGCCGGAUCAGCCACACGGAUCUUGUCAUUGGGUGCCUGGUGGACUUGGCCACUGGCUUAAUGACCUUUACAGCCAAUGGCAAAGAGAGCAACACCUUUUUCCAGGUGGAACCCAACACAAAGCUAUUUCCUGCUGUCUUCGUCCUGCCCACCCACCAGAACGUCAUCCAGUUUGAGCUGGGGAAGCAGAAGAACAUCAUGCCGUUGUCAGCUGCCAUGUUCCAGAGCGAGCGCAAGAACCCGGCCCCGCAGUGCCCGCCGCGGCUGGAGAUGCAGAUGCUGAUGCCAGUGUCCUGGAGCCGCAUGCCCAACCACUUCCUGCAGGUGGAGACGAGGCGCGCCGGCGAGCGGCUGGGCUGGGCCGUGCAGUGCCGGGAGCCGCUGACCAUGAUGGCGCUGCACAUCCCCGAGGAGAACCGAUGCAUGGACAUCCUGGAGCUGUCGGAGCGCCUGGACCUGCAGCGCUUCCACUCGCACACCCUGCGCCUCUACCGCGCUGUGUGCGCCCUGGGCAACAAUCGCGUGGCGCACGCUCUGUGCAGCCACGUGGACCAGGCUCAGCUGCUGCACGCCCUGGAGGACGCGCACCUGCCAGGUCCACUGCGUGCAGGCUACUACGACCUCCUCAUCAGCAUCCAUCUCGAAAGUGCCUGUCGCAGCCGCCGCUCCAUGCUCUCUGAAUACAUCGUGCCCCUCACGCCUGAGACCCGCGCCAUCACGCUCUUCCCUCCUGGAAGGAGCACAGAAAAUGGUCACUCCCGGCACGGCCUGCCGGGAGUUGGAGUCAGCACUUCGCUGCGGCCCCCGCAUCAUUUCUCGGCCCCCUGUUUCGUGGCGGCUCUGCCAGCUGCUGGGGCAGCAGAGGCUCCGGCCCGCCUCAGCCCCGCCAUCCCGUUGGAGGCCCUACGGGACAAGGCACUGAGGAUGCUGGGGGAGGCGGUGCGCGACGGUGGGCAGCACGCUCGCGACCCCGUCGGGGGCUCCGUGGAGUUCCAGUUUGUGCCUGUGCUCAAGCUUGUGUCCACCCUGCUGGUGAUGGGCAUCUUUGGCGAUGAGGAUGUGAAACAGAUCUUGAAGAUGAUUGAGCCUGAAGUCUUCACUGAGGAAGAAGAGGAGGAGGAGGAGGAGGAAGAAGAGGAGGAAGAGGAAGAUGAGGAGGAGAAGGAGGAGGAUGAGGAGGAAACAGCACAGGAAAAGGAAGAUGAAGAAAAAGAGGAAGAGGAGGCAGCAGAAGGAGAGAAGGAAGAAGGCUUGGAGGAGGGGCUGCUCCAGAUGAAGUUGCCAGAGUCUGUGAAGUUACAGAUGUGCCACCUGCUGGAAUAUUUCUGUGACCAAGAGUUGCAGCACCGUGUGGAGUCCCUGGCAGCCUUUGCGGAGCGCUAUGUGGACAAGCUCCAGGCCAACCAGCGGAGCCGCUAUGGCCUCCUCAUGAAAGCCUUCAGCAUGACCGCAGCGGAGACUGCAAGACGUACCCGCGAGUUCCGCUCCCCACCCCAGGAGCAGAUCAAUAUGCUAUUGCAAUUCAAAGAUGGUACAGAUGAGGAAGACUGUCCUCUCCCUGAAGAGAUACGACAGGAUUUGCUUGACUUUCAUCAAGACCUGCUGGCACACUGUGGAAUUCAGCUGGAUGGAGAGGAGGAGGAACCGGAGGAAGAGACCACCCUGGGCAGCCGCCUCAUGAGCCUUUUGGAGAAAGUGCGGCUGGUGAAGAAGAAGGAGGAGAAACCUGAGGAGGAGCGGCCAGCAGAGGAGAGCAAACCCCGGUCCCUGCAGGAACUGGUGUCCCAUAUGGUGGUGCGCUGGGCCCAAGAGGACUUCGUGCAGAGCCCCGAGCUGGUGCGGGCCAUGUUCAGCCUCCUGCACCGGCAGUACGACGGGCUGGGUGAGCUGCUGCGUGCCCUGCCACGGGCGUACACCAUCUCACCGUCCUCGGUGGAAGACACCAUGAGCCUGCUUGAGUGCCUCGGCCAGAUCCGCUCCCUGCUCAUCGUGCAGAUGGGCCCUCAGGAGGAGAACCUCAUGAUCCAGAGCAUCGGGAACAUCAUGAACAACAAAGUCUUCUACCAACACCCGAACCUGAUGAGGGCGCUGGGCAUGCACGAGACGGUCAUGGAGGUCAUGGUCAACGUCCUCGGGGGCGGCGGCGAGUCCAAGGAGAUCCGCUUCCCCAAGAUGGUGACAAGCUGCUGCCGCUUCCUCUGCUAUUUCUGCCGCAUCAGCCGGCAGAACCAGCGCUCCAUGUUUGACCACCUGAGCUACCUGCUGGAGAACAGCGGCAUCGGCCUGGGCAUGCAGGGCUCCACGCCCCUGGACGUGGCUGCUGCCUCUGUCAUUGACAACAAUGAGCUGGCCUUGGCGUUGCAGGAGCAGGACCUGGAAAAGGUCGUGUCCUACCUGGCAGGCUGUGGCCUCCAAAGCUGCCCCAUGCUUGUGGCCAAGGGAUACCCAGAUAUUGGCUGGAACCCCUGCGGUGGAGAGCGCUACCUGGACUUCCUGCGCUUCGCUGUCUUCGUAAACGGCGAGAGCGUGGAGGAGAACGCCAACGUGGUGGUGCGGCUGCUCAUCCGGAAGCCUGAGUGCUUCGGACCCGCCCUGCGGGGUGAGGGUGGCUCAGGGCUGCUGGCUGCCAUCGAAGAGGCCAUCCGCAUCUCCGAGGACCCUGCGAGGGAUGGCCCAGGCAUCCGCAGGGACCGGCGGCGCGAGCACUUCGGUGAGGAACCACCUGAAGAAAACCGGGUGCACCUGGGACACGCCAUCAUGUCCUUCUAUGCUGCCUUGAUCGACCUGCUUGGACGCUGUGCGCCAGAGAUGCAUCUAAUCCAAGCCUGCAAGGGUGAGGCCCUGCGCAUCCGUGCCAUCCUCCGCUCCCUUGUGCCCUUGGAGGACCUCGUGGGCAUCAUCAGCCUCCCACUGCAGAUGCCCACCCUGGGCAAAGACGGGGCUCUGGUGCAGCCAAAGAUGUCAGCAUCCUUCGUGCCGGACCACAAGGCGUCCAUGGUGCUCUUCCUGGACCGUGUGUACGGCAUUGAGAACCAGGACUUCUUGCUGCACGUGCUGGACGUGGGAUUCCUGCCCGACAUGAGGGCAGCCGCCUCGCUGGACACGGCCACUUUCAGCACCACCGAGAUGGCACUGGCGCUGAACCGCUACCUGUGCCUGGCCGUGCUGCCUCUCAUCACCAAGUGUGCGCCGCUCUUUGCGGGCACGGAACACCGCGCCAUCAUGGUGGACUCCAUGCUGCACACGGUGUACCGCCUGUCCCGGGGUCGCUCGCUCACCAAGGCGCAGCGCGACGUCAUCGAGGACUGCCUCAUGGCUCUCUGCAGGUACAUCCGCCCGUCGAUGCUGCAGCACCUGCUGCGGCGUCUGGUGUUCGACGUGCCCAUCUUAAACGAGUUUGCCAAGAUGCCACUCAAGCUCCUCACCAACCACUAUGAGCGUUGUUGGAAGUACUACUGCCUACCCACAGGCUGGGCCAACUUCGGGGUCACCUCGGAGGAGGAGCUGCACCUCACGCGGAAACUCUUCUGGGGCAUCUUUGACUCCCUGGCCCAUAAGAAAUACGACCCGGAGCUUUACCGAAUGGCCAUGCCUUGUCUGUGUGCCAUUGCUGGGGCUCUGCCCCCCGACUACGUGGACGCCUCAUACUCAUCUAAGGCGGAGAAAAAGGCCACAGUGGAUGCUGAAGGCAACUUUGAUCCCCGGCCUGUGGAAACCCUCAAUGUGAUCAUCCCGGAGAAGCUGGACUCCUUCAUUAACAAGUUUGCGGAGUAUACACAUGAGAAGUGGGCCUUCGACAAGAUCCAGAACAACUGGUCCUAUGGAGAGAACAUAGAUGAGGAGUUGAAGACCCACCCCAUGCUGAGGCCCUACAAGACCUUUUCAGAGAAGGACAAGGAGAUUUACCGCUGGCCCAUCAAGGAGUCCCUGAAGGCCAUGAUUGCCUGGGAAUGGACCAUAGAGAAGGCCAGGGAGGGUGAGGAGGAGAAGACGGAAAAGAAAAAAACGCGGAAGAUAUCACAAAGUGCCCAGACCUACGAUCCUCGAGAAGGCUACAACCCCCAGCCCCCCGACCUUAGCGCAGUUACCCUGUCCCGGGAGCUGCAGGCCAUGGCAGAACAACUGGCGGAAAAUUACCACAACACGUGGGGAAGGAAGAAGAAGCAGGAGCUGGAAGCCAAAGGCGGUGGGACCCACCCCCUGCUGGUCCCCUACGACACGCUAACAGCCAAGGAGAAGGCACGAGAUCGAGAGAAGGCCCAGGAGCUGCUGAAAUUCCUGCAGAUGAAUGGCUACGCGGUUACAAGAGGCCUUAAGGACAUGGAACUGGACUCAUCUUCCAUUGAAAAGCGGUUUGCCUUUGGCUUCCUGCAGCAGCUGCUGCGCUGGAUGGACAUUUCUCAGGAGUUCAUUGCCCACCUGGAGGCUGUGGUCAGCAGUGGGCGAGUGGAAAAGUCCCCACAUGAACAGGAGAUUAAAUUCUUUGCCAAGAUCCUGCUCCCUUUGAUCAACCAGUACUUCACCAACCACUGCCUCUAUUUCUUGUCCACUCCUGCUAAAGUGCUGGGCAGUGGUGGCCACGCCUCCAACAAGGAGAAGGAAAUGAUCACCAGCCUCUUCUGCAAACUUGCUGCUCUUGUCCGCCACCGAGUCUCUCUCUUUGGGACGGAUGCCCCGGCUGUGGUUAACUGUCUUCACAUCCUGGCCCGCUCCCUGGAUGCCAGGACGGUGAUGAAGUCAGGCCCUGAGAUCGUGAAGGCUGGCCUCCGCUCCUUCUUCGAGAGUGCCUCGGAGGACAUUGAGAAGAUGGUGGAGAACCUGCGGCUGGGCAAGGUGUCACAGGCGCGCACCCAGGUGAAGGGCGUGGGCCAGAACCUCACCUACACCACCGUGGCGCUGCUGCCGGUCCUCACCACCCUCUUCCAGCACAUCGCCCAGCACCAGUUCGGAGAUGACGUCAUCCUGGACGACGUCCAGGUCUCUUGCUACCGAACGCUGUGCAGUAUCUACUCCCUGGGAACCACCAAGAACAUUUACGUGGAAAAGCUUCGGCCAGCCCUUGGGGAGUGCCUGGCCCGUCUGGCAGCAGCCAUGCCGGUGGCAUUCCUGGAGCCCCAGCUGAACGAGUACAACGCCUGCUCCGUGUACACCACCAAGUCUCCCCGAGAGCGGGCCAUCCUGGGGCUCCCCAACAGUGUGGAGGAGAUGUGUCCUGACAUCCCGGUGCUGGAGCGGCUCAUGGCAGACAUCGGGGGGCUGGCCGAGUCAGGGGCCCGCUACACAGAGAUGCCGCACGUCAUUGAGAUCACGCUGCCCAUGCUAUGCAGCUACCUGCCCCGAUGGUGGGAGCGCGGGCCCGAGGCACCCCCUCCUGCCCUGCCCGCCGGCGCCCCCCCACCCUGCACAGCUGUCACCUCUGACCACCUCAACUCCCUGCUGGGGAAUAUCCUGAGAAUCAUCGUCAACAACCUGGGCAUUGACGAGGCCUCCUGGAUGAAGCGGCUGGCUGUGUUCGCACAGCCCAUCGUGAGCCGUGCGCGGCCGGAGCUCCUGCAGUCCCACUUCAUCCCCACCAUCGGGCGGCUGCGCAAGAGGGCGGGGAAGGUGGUGUCCGAGGAGGAGCAGCUGCGGCUGGAGGCCAAGGCCGAGGCCCAGGAGGGCGAGCUGCUGGUGCGAGACGAGUUCUCCGUGCUCUGCCGGGACCUGUACGCCCUGUAUCCGCUGCUCAUCCGCUAUGUGGACAACAACAGGGCGCAGUGGCUGACAGAGCCGAAUCCCAGUGCGGAGGAGCUGUUCAGGAUGGUGGGCGAGAUCUUCAUCUACUGGUCCAAGUCCCACAACUUCAAGCGCGAGGAGCAGAACUUCGUGGUCCAGAACGAGAUCAACAACAUGUCCUUCCUGACUGCGGACAACAAGAGCAAAAUGGCUAAGGCGGGAGAUACACAGUCCGGUGGCUCGGACCAGGAACGCACCAAGAAGAAGCGCCGCGGGGACCGGUACUCCGUGCAGACGUCGCUGAUCGUGGCCACGCUGAAGAAGAUGCUGCCCAUCGGCCUGAACAUGUGCGCGCCCACCGACCAGGACCUCAUCACGCUGGCCAAGACCCGCUAUGCCCUGAAAGACACAGAUGAGGAGGUCCGGGAAUUUCUGAACAACAACCUUCACCUUCAGGGAAAGGUCGAAGGCUCCCCGUCUCUGCGCUGGCAGAUGGCCCUGUACCGGGGCGUCCCAGGUCGUGAGGAGGACGCCGACGACCCCGAGAAAAUCGUGCGCAGAGUCCAGGAAGUGUCAGCCGUGCUCUACUACCUGGACCAGACCGAGCACCCUUACAAGUCUAAGAAGGCCGUGUGGCACAAGCUUUUGUCCAAGCAGCGCCGGCGGGCAGUCGUGGCCUGUUUCCGUAUGACGCCCCUGUACAACCUGCCCACGCACCGGGCAUGUAACAUGUUCCUGGAGAGCUACAAGGCUGCAUGGAUCCUGACCGAAGACCACAGUUUUGAGGACCGCAUGAUAGAUGACCUUUCAAAAGCUGGGGAGCAGGAGGAGGAAGAGGAAGAGGUGGAAGAAAAGAAGCCAGACCCCCUGCACCAGUUGGUCCUACACUUCAGCCGCACUGCCCUGACGGAAAAGAGCAAACUGGACGAGGAUUACCUGUACAUGGCCUAUGCUGAUAUCAUGGCAAAGAGCUGCCACCUGGAGGAGGGAGGGGAGAACGGCGAAGGUGAAGAGGAGGUUGAGGUCUCCUUUGAGGAGAAAGAGAUGGAGAAGCAGCGGCUUCUAUACCAGCAAGCACGGCUGCACACCCGGGGGGCAGCCGAGAUGGUGCUGCAGAUGAUCAGUGCCUGCAAAGGAGAGACAGGUGCCAUGGUGUCCUCCACCCUGAAGCUGGGCAUCUCUAUCCUCAAUGGAGGCAAUGCUGAGGUCCAGCAGAAAAUGCUGGAUUAUCUUAAGGACAAGAAGGAAGUUGGCUUCUUCCAGAGUAUCCAGGCACUGAUGCAAACAUGCAGCGUACUGGAUCUCAAUGCCUUUGAGAGACAGAACAAGGCCGAGGGGCUGGGCAUGGUGAACGAGGAUGGCACUGUCAUCAAUCGCCAGAACGGAGAGAAGGUCAUGGCGGAUGAUGAAUUCACACAAGACCUGUUUCGAUUCCUACAAUUGCUCUGUGAGGGGCACAAUAAUGAUUUCCAGAACUACCUACGGACACAGACAGGGAACACGACCACUAUUAACAUCAUCAUCUGCACGGUGGACUACCUCCUGCGGCUGCAGGAAUCCAUCAGCGACUUCUACUGGUACUACUCAGGCAAGGAUGUCAUUGAAGAGCAGGGCAAGAGGAACUUCUCCAAAGCCAUGUCGGUGGCUAAGCAGGUGUUCAACAGCCUCACUGAGUACAUCCAGGGCCCCUGCACCGGGAACCAGCAGAGCCUGGCGCACAGCCGCCUUUGGGACGCAGUGGUGGGAUUCCUGCACGUGUUCGCCCACAUGAUGAUGAAGCUCGCUCAGGACUCAAGCCAGAUCGAGCUGCUGAAGGAGCUGCUGGAUCUGCAGAAGGACAUGGUGGUGAUGUUGCUGUCGCUACUAGAAGGGAACGUGGUAAACGGCACGAUCGCCCGGCAGAUGGUGGACAUGCUAGUGGAAUCCUCGUCCAAUGUGGAGAUGAUCCUCAAGUUCUUCGACAUGUUCCUGAAACUCAAGGACAUUGUGGGCUCUGAAGCCUUCCAGGACUACGUAACGGAUCCCCGUGGCCUCAUCUCCAAGAAGGACUUCCAGAAGGCCAUGGACAGCCAGAAGCAGUUCAGCGGUCCAGAAAUCCAGUUCCUGCUUUCGUGCUCCGAAGCGGAUGAGAACGAGAUGAUCAACUGCGAGGAGUUCGCCAACCGCUUCCAGGAGCCAGCUCGCGACAUCGGCUUCAACGUGGCGGUGCUGCUGACCAACCUGUCGGAGCAUGUGCCGCAUGACCCGCGCCUGCACAACUUCCUGGAGCUGGCCGAGAGCAUCCUCGAGUACUUCCGCCCCUACCUGGGCCGCAUCGAGAUCAUGGGCGCCUCGCGCCGCAUCGAGCGCAUCUACUUCGAGAUCUCGGAGACCAACCGCGCCCAGUGGGAGAUGCCCCAGGUGAAGGAGUCCAAGCGCCAGUUCAUCUUCGACGUGGUGAACGAGGGCGGCGAGGCCGAGAAGAUGGAGCUCUUCGUGAGUUUCUGCGAGGACACCAUCUUCGAGAUGCAGAUUGCCGCGCAGAUCUCGGAGCCCGAGGGCGAGCCGGAGACCGACGAGGACGAGGGCGCGGCGGAGGCGGGCGUGGAGGGCGCGGAGGAGAGCGCGGCGGGCCCCGAGGGCACGGCGGCCACGGCGGCGGCAGGGGCGACAGCGCGGGUGGCGGCGGCCAUGGGCCGGGCCCUGCGCGGCCUCAGCUACCGCAGCCUGCGGCGGCGCGUGCGGCGGCUGCGGCGGCUCACGGCCCGCGAGGCGGCCACCGCGGUGGCGGCGCUGCUCUGGGCAGCCGUGACGCGCGCGGGGGCCGCUGGCGCGGGGGCGGCGGCGGGCGCGCUGGGCCUGCUCUGGGGCUCGCUGUUCGGCGGCGGCCUGGUGGAGGGCGCCAAGAAGGUGACGGUGACCGAGCUCCUGGCGGGCAUGCCCGACCCCACCAGCGACGAGGUGCACGGCGAGCAGCCGGCCGGGCCCGGCGGAGACGCAGACGGCGAAGGUGCCAGCGAAGGCGCAGGGGACGCCGCGGAGGGCGCUGGAGACGAGGAGGAGGCGGUGGACGAGGCCGGGGCGGGCGGCGCCGACGGGGCGGUGGCCGUGACGGAUGGGGGCCCCUUCCGGCCCGAAGGGGCUGGCGGUCUCGGGGACAUGGGGGACACGACGCCUGCGGAACCGCCCACGCCCGAGGGCUCUCCCAUUCUCAAGAGGAAGCUGGGGGUGGAUGGAGUGGAGGAGGAGCUCCCGCCAGAGCCGGAGCCGGAACCAGAACUGGAGCCGGAGAAAGCAGAUGCCGAGAAUGGGGAGAAAGAAGAAGUUCCCGAACCCCCACCAGAGCCCCCCAAGAAGCAAGCACCUCCCUCACCCCCUCCAAAGAAGGAAGAAGCUGGGGGUGAAUUCUGGGGAGAACUGGAGGUGCAGAGGGUGAAGUUCCUGAACUACCUGUCCCGGAACUUUUACACCCUGAGGUUCCUUGCCCUCUUCUUGGCAUUUGCCAUCAACUUCAUCUUGCUGUUUUAUAAGGUCUCAGACUCUCCACCAGGGGAAGACGACAUGGAAGGCUCAGCUGCUGGGGACGUGUCAGGUGCAGGCUCUGGUGGCGGCUCUGGCUGGGGCUUGGGGGCCGGAGAGGAGGCAGAGGGCGAUGAGGAUGAGAACAUGGUGUACUACUUCCUGGAGGAGAGCACAGGCUACAUGGAGCCUGCCCUGCGGUGUCUGAGCCUCCUGCAUACACUGGUGGCCUUUCUCUGCAUCAUUGGCUAUAACUGUCUCAAGGUGCCCCUGGUAAUCUUUAAGCGGGAGAAGGAGCUGGCCCGGAAGCUGGAGUUUGACGGCCUAUACAUCACAGAGCAGCCCGAGGACGAUGACGUGAAGGGGCAGUGGGACCGACUGGUGCUCAACACACCGUCUUUCCCCAGCAACUACUGGGACAAGUUUGUCAAGCGCAAGGUCCUGGACAAACAUGGGGACAUCUACGGGCGGGAGCGGAUUGCUGAGCUACUGGGCAUGGACCUGGCCACGCUAGAGAUCACUGCCCACAAUGAGCGCAAGCCCGACCCGCCACCAGGGCUGCUGACCUGGCUCAUGUCCAUCGAUGUCAAGUACCAGAUCUGGAAGUUCGGGGUCAUCUUCACAGACAACUCCUUCCUGUACCUGGGCUGGUAUAUGGUGAUGUCCCUCUUGGGGCACUACAACAACUUCUUCUUCGCUGCCCAUCUCCUGGACAUCGCCAUGGGGGUCAAGACGCUGCGCACCAUCCUCUCCUCCGUCACCCACAAUGGGAAACAGCUGGUGAUGACCGUGGGCCUUCUGGCGGUGGUCGUCUACCUGUACACCGUAGUGGCCUUCAACUUCUUCCGCAAGUUCUACAACAAGAGCGAGGAUGAGGAUGAGCCUGACAUGAAAUGUGACGACAUGAUGACGUGUUACCUGUUUCACAUGUACGUGGGUGUCCGGGCUGGCGGAGGCAUUGGGGACGAGAUCGAGGACCCCGCGGGUGACGAAUACGAGCUCUACAGGGUGGUCUUCGACAUCACCUUCUUCUUCUUUGUCAUCGUCAUCCUGUUGGCCAUCAUCCAGGGUCUGAUCAUCGACGCUUUUGGUGAGCUCCGAGACCAACAAGAGCAAGUGAAGGAGGAUAUGGAGACCAAGUGCUUCAUCUGUGGAAUCGGCAGCGACUACUUUGAUACGACACCGCAUGGCUUCGAGACUCACACGCUGGAGGAGCACAACCUGGCCAAUUACAUGUUUUUCCUGAUGUAUUUGAUAAACAAGGAUGAGACAGAACACACAGGUCAGGAGUCUUAUGUCUGGAAGAUGUACCAAGAGAGAUGUUGGGAUUUCUUCCCGGCUGGCGAUUGUUUCCGCAAGCAGUAUGAGGACCAGCUUAGCUGAGACCCCCAGCUGGCUCUCCACCCCCACCUCAAGUGCCUUAUUCUCACAGCAAGUCCCUUAGUCCCCAAGCUCCUCCCCCUAAGGCAGCUGGGGGAGAGGUGACCUAGUACUGGAAAAUAAAUCUGUGCUACGCCCCCCAGCA